ACAGGGAGAAAACAUUUUGAAAUUGCAUAUCUGGUAUAACAAUUCUUUUCAGAGAACUGAAAGAGCUCUCUCAAAAUUUCAUUCAGAAAAAUGAAAUGACACAUUUAUCAAGGAAACGUAAAAUUCACCAUUUCAAACAGGUAGAAAAGCCUUGAGAUCUCUUUAAACAGCAGGUGGGGUGACUUCCUAACAGCCCUGAGAAAGGAAGGCUUGUUGGGACACAUUUUCUGUCUUGGUAUUUUCAUACACAUACAUGACUAUACGAGCGAUACAUGCUUAGGUGAUUUGGGGACACGGUCUGUGGUGUCAGGGCAGGAUCUAUAACUAUGAGACUGGCAGAUGGGUAGGUUGUCCCCACCAGUGGGGGUCUUGUGCCUCAACCUAGCUUAGGCCCCUGGAAGGCAGACUUCCAAAGAUUCCAUGACACGCUCCACCUUCUAAUUCUGCGAUGGCAACGGCAGACCAUUAGCUGCCACACAACAGCCAGUCCUAGCAGAGACUGAGCUACAGGCAGUGCCUUCAAUCUAGGCUUUGGCAGUUUUAUCCUUGUUUGUCCAGUGAAGAACUUCCCAGUGUCAUCGGGCUGUGGAUCAGGUGUUUCACAUCAUCCCUGUUGUCCUGCUGUGACACACCAUCAGCAUGGCAGGAUCCCACAGCCCUGCAUCAGAUCCCAUGGCAGAACUGAACGACCUCGAAUGCCAGCAAUUGCGAUCCCAGCUGGCAAAGAGCCAACAGGACUGCUGGGAGCUCCAGGAGAAGUUUCUCAUAGCUGAGGCUACAAACUUUGCCCUGGCCAGGGAGCUGAAAAAAUACAAUUGUGAGAAGUUUAAAAACAUCAUUGAGUCCAUACUGACCAAGAAGCUCCACUUGGAGAAGCCGCUGGCAGAGAAGCCCACGGUCCCAGAGCUGCUCAGGCAUUGCCGUGGCAUCCUUGAAGAUCAGGACCAAGAACUUUCCCAGUUACGUCCAAAGGUCCAAAGGGGGAGAAAUCUAGACCACAUCCUGCAGCAGUACCUGAAGGACGUGCUCACCGUGCAUGACCCUGAGACCUGUACGGGGCAGGGCUUCCGACGACUGCUCACUGAGGCUGUCCGGCUGUCAGUGAGCCUUGAGGACCUGCUUGGAGCAGAAAAUAUUGAAGAGGAGGAAACACCAGCACAAGGACCUGUUGCUGACAGGGAGCUCUUGGAAGUGGAUGAAAUGGAAACCCCACAAAAUUCACAGCAGGAAACAUCUAUCACUGGUGCUGUUGACCACCUGCUGAGUGACUCCUGCCUGCCUGAGGGCACUGUGCAAAUGUCUCCUGAUGCUGAGGACACCCACAGUGUGCUAGGUGUAGAUGGGGAACACGCUUGUUCACAAAAGAAAGAAGAACCUGUCACCGUUCUCCCAGAAAAUCAAUAUCACGAAGUGGAGGUACAAGAGCAAGUUGUCACAUACACUUCCAGGGAGCUCCCAGAGGAGCAAGAGCGGGAAGACCCAGAGGACUCACUGGACGAGUGCUACCUCACUCCCUCGAUUUUUCCGGUCGUUUCUGAGCUUGACCAUUCCACGUGGAGCAGCUGGUGCUCCCUGGAGCAGCAGGACAUGCUCUCUGCUCCAGAUGCAAAUGAAAAGGAACAUGACAAUGAUGAAAUGCAAGAGGAAGCACAAGCCCUGUCACACACCAGGGAGAUUCCAGAGAUUGAAGAUCAAGAUGUCUCACAAGACUCUCACGAAAAUCAAUAUCACGAAGUGGAGGUACAAGAGCAAGUUGUCACACACACUUCCAGCAGGGAGCUCCCAGAGGAGCAAGAGCAGGAAGACCCAGAGGACUCGCUGGACGAGUGCUACCUCACUCCCUCGAUUUCCCCAGUUGUUUCUGAGCUUGACCAUUCCACGUGGAGCAGCUGGUGCCCCCUGGAGCAGCAGGACAUGCUCUCUGCUCCAGAUGCAAAUGAAAAGGAACAUGACAAUGAUGAAGUGCAAGAGGAAGCACAAGCCCUGUCACACACCAGUCUCAUCAGGGAGAUUCCAGAGAUUGAAGAUCAAGAUGUCUCACAAGACUCUCACGAAAAUCAAUAUCAUGCAGUGGAGGUACAAGAGCAAGUUGUCACAUGCACUUCCAGUCUCAUCAGGGAGAUUCCAGAGAUUGAAGAUCAAGAUGUCUCACAAGACUCUCACGAAAAUCAAUAUCAUGGAGUGGAGGUACAAGAGCAAGUUGUCACAUACACUUCAAGUCUCAUCAGGGAGAUUCCAGAGAUUGAAGAUCAAGAUGUCUCACAAGACUCUCACGAAAAUCAAUAUCAUGCAGUGGAGGUACAAGAGCAAGUUGUCACAUACACUUCCAGUCUCAUCAGGGAGAUUCCAGAGAUUGAAGAUCAAGAUGUCUCACAAGACUCUCACGAACUGAGUUUUGUUGCUGCCCCUGAGAGGAAGACCCGUUCCCAGCUGGAGGGAGGUCCUCACGAAGAUCCCAUCACCAGCAAGUGUGAGAGUCAUAGCAUCAGCCCCAGUGAUGUCCCAAGUACCCCAAAAGAAAAUGUUAUCAAAGGAAAAUGGAAGCCCAGGAAAUGCGAACUGGCCUGCAGGUUCCCUGGCCUGGAGAUGAAGGGCAAACCACAGCCCACAGAGAGGAAGAUUGCGUGCCGAUUCCCAGGCCAGGAGAUGAAGGGAAAACCACAGCCCAUGGAGUGCCACCUUGCAUGGAGAUUCCCUGACCAGGAGACGAAGGGAAAACCACAGACCAACAUGUGGGCACUGACCUUCAGAUUCCUAGGCCUUCACACCUAGACAGAGGUAAUCCUGUGUGUGUGUCUUAGAUGUAUUUGUUCCUUCUUACACUGGGCACAGAUUAUAGCUCAUUUCUGUUUGUUCAGAUAGGGUAGAACUGUAACCUCUCUGUUUGGAUCAAUAAUUUGAAAUAGAAGAUACAGUAAGAAACCCUUGUCAUGUAGAAACCUGACCCACAAAAUAGGAUACCUCCCCUCAUAAUCAAGUUAAAAUGUUUACAGUUGAACUUCUCUCCCUAAAACAUGCUGUUCACCAUCCACUCACUUGAUUGCAAGUCCUCUAUUGGGUUGAGAAAUAUACAUUGAACAAUCACAUUUUAUCUGAUCUUAUUCCUAGGCCAAUUUCCAAUGCAGAUUCUUAGGUCUCAUUCUCCAAUGUUUGUCCUUCCCUCUGACCAGUAUACAAACAGGAUAUUCUCAAAAAGAAAAUUUCUUAGGGGAACUGAAAAAAAAAUGGGGAAACUCUAGGAUGACUGAAGAGUGCCUGUUUUAAAGUUAAUGUUCCCUUCAGAGUUGAGUGAGUGAGCUAUUAGGCACACAGCAGAAUGGUCCUAGGUGUAACUAGAUGUGGAAUCAUCUUCAGAGAAACUUGGUGUCUGUUCUAUUGACAUGAGUUGUGCUGUGGUUACACUCCCGGCUCUCUUUGCUUACUGCAGAAAACUAGUCCAUUUCUAA